AUGACUACAAGAGCUCUAGUAGUGGGCGGCACAAGCGGCAUCGGCUAUGCCAUGGCCUGCCGUGUCGCCGCCGAAGCCAGCACCUCAGUCGUCACAAUCAGCGGCCGCACCAAACCCCAAAAGAUUCCACACGCCAACAUCAACUUUCGACCACUCGAGGCAACGUCGAUGCGCCAGAUCAAGCAGUACACGGAUGAUUUCAAGGCUCAAGGCCAGAAACUUGAUCUCCUCAUCAUGACUCAGGGUAUCAUGACGACGGCUGGGAGAACCGAGACUCCCGAGGGCAUCGAUCGCAAGAUGGCGCUGCACUACUACGGCAAACAGCUUCUCAUACGCGAGCUUCUCCCAGCGAUGAGUGAAGAUGGCAAGGUUAUUAUCGUGUUUGAUGGUUGGCUUGGAAGUCCUGAUAAGCUCAUUUGGGAGGACCUCGACCUUAAGACGCACUUUAGUCUCGGUAAGGCGGCAGAUCAUUGCAUGUCCAUGAACGACGCUAUGGUCCAGUACUUUGCGGCACAGCAGAAAUCCAACGGUGUUGGUCGAAGGCAUUUCGUACAUGCAUGGCCUGGAGGUGUCAGUUCAGGUCUAUGGAGAGAGCUUCCCUGGUAUCUACGGAUGGUCGGCCGAGUUGGAGCCAACCUGGUCUGCGUGUCACCGGAAACUUGUGCCGAAUAUUUGAUAAAUGGGGCGACUGAGUGCUGCACGGCAGGAGAGAAGGAGGGGAGAUAUUGGAGCAACAUCGAUAAUAAGGGACGUCUCCUUGUCAAGAAGGCUAUCUGGAGCGAAGAGCAGAUGACGAAGGUGGCGGAUCACACCUGGGGACUCAUUGAUGGGGCCUUGAACGUCAAAGUGUAA